UACCAACCAAUCAUGUUUUUCAAUCAUUUGAUGAAGUAUGUACGAGGUAUCAAGUGAAUAUUUAGUUAUUUCAGAAAGUGAUGCCCCAGGUGGAUAAUGAUAUUCGGGAGGUUCAGUAUACCUGAAUCAAUACAAUAAUGUAAAUAUAUGUAAUUAAAAUGUAAUAUAUAUCAUUUAAUUACCUUAUUUUAUUUUCUUCUUUUGGUACUAAUUUUGGCAAAUGUUCAUAUCCAACAUCAGUCUCACUUCUAAUUGGACCCCAUUUUCUUCUUUUCUUAGUAUUUUCUCUUGUCGACGUUGGAAAUAAUUCCAUUGCAGAUUGGAUUAGUUUUGUUUCAGGAGAUAAUUUAUCUAUCAAAUUCUCUAGAACAAAAAAUUCAGACAAUUGUUAAUGUCCAAAAAUAAUUCCCGUAUAUUUCCCUUAGUUUUUAAAUACCAGUGAGCAGUGAUGACAAACCAUUCCAUUUAGCUUGUUCUUCGUAUGGAUAUGGGCCCAAGCAAUUAUCAUAAUGCAAUACAUUUGUCUUGUAUUGUAUUAGUUCUGCUUUGGGUAUGUCGUCUACCAAUAUUUCAUUGUCCUUAUCCCAUUUUUUUAUCAAACAUUCACCUUUCUUAAAACUGUGAAAGAAACCACAUCUUGGAGCUGUAUUUCCAUACUUGUCAGUAGCACUGUACACAUAAGAAAAUAAUUUAAAAUUACAAAUUUCCCAAGUAUUAAUUUGUAUUCAUUUAACGUACAUUACCUGUAGUACAUAAAAUGUAUACCUGGAGGUAUCAUUUUGAUUCCUUUAAAUUUAUCACCAGUCGCCCAAGACAUCAUAUCAAUUCCGAACUCCAUGCCAGAUGGGACGUCCAGGAAAAAAGCUGUUGCACCAUUCAGAUAUAAUUUCAUAGCCGUGUCUUGAUCCAUUGUAAAAUAAAUUUAUUGUGUAACUUUAUUUGUAAAACUUUAAAAACGAACAAGUUACGACAUGCCAAUUACCAAUGUUAAAUAUGAAAUUUUGUAAUUACUCAAAUCAUAGUAUUACAAACAUCAUGACCAACAAAUUUUAAAUUUGAAUUUAGAUUUUAGUAUCAAACCGCAAACACUAAGAUACAUGAACAACAAAAAUACAAUAGGGUAGAGGGCAUGGAGUAAUUGAUAUUGCAUAGAAUGUUACAGAUAACACUAUCAACUCAUUUUAUGGUACUUAUCAUUUUAUCUUAAAAAAUAAAUAAUUAUUAAAAACGAAAUCCAGGAACGAUAUUUUAAUUUUGUUUUCGUUAAAUUUAAGAAAUAUUACUUCCAAUCGAAUAUUGAAAGAGUGUUAAAUCAUUUACAAAAAAAAUGGAAAGGAUUCCGGAACAAAUGGGUUACUUGAUUCUUACAAUGGACGGAGCUGUAAUGUCUGUAAGUUGAUACAUAGUUUUGUGUUUUCGAUUUAAAAAACAUUAUUAGUUAUUAUUAUUAUUAUUUGUGUUUUAUGUUUCCAGUCGGGUGGGGAUUUGGAAAAUAAUGAAACAAUUGCUGACAUAAUAUCAAAAACUAUUAGUUCAACUAAAUGUUUGUUUAUGCCUGAAGAACAAUUUCAAACCAUGUCAAGUAUGUUGAAUUACCAUAAAAUUUAUUUAUUUUUUUUUUUAAUUAUGGCUUAACUUUUAUAUGUAAAUGUUGUAUUUUUUAGUUGUAUAUCAAAAUUAUCAUUAUUCAAUUUGCGUAUCAAACAAAAAAAUUCACAUUUCCAAGAUUAAACAUGAUCCAAAUAGUUUAUUGGAAAAUCAUGAUGAUUCCAGAGGGCAUGCAGACACUUCUUGAUUGAAAAUGAAAAGAAAUUUAUUACUAUAAUAACCAUUGUGUUAUACUAAAAUAAAGAUUUAAUACAAUAAAUUGUAUUCCUUUUGAUAUGCAAUUUUAAUAUUUUUUUUAAUAAAUUAAAAUAUUAUAUUUAUAAGUAGAAUGGUUUUUGUUAAUUUAAAAUUAAAAUAAAUUUGUAUUAUACUCUCUUAUUUAAAUAAUUUGUAUAGCUUUUUUGUUGUCUACAUUCACCC